CAGUUCUGGUGAACGUGACACAUUUGACUGCAGACUCCGUGUCAGUGACAUAGGCAGAAUGAAGGCCCUCCUCCCUCUCCUGCUUCUCUUCGCCACCGCUCUACUGAUGUCCACUACUUCUGCUCAAGCCGGUGGAUCGGUAACCUCCUGCUGUUUGGAGCUUAAAGGCACUACAGUGCGGCGUAACCUGAUCGUUUCCUACUACCUACAGGACACAGCCAUGUGUAACAUAAAGGCAGUGAUGUUUGUCACAGUGAAGGGCAAACGAAUCUGCUCUGAUACUUCCAACCCCUGGGCACAGAAAACCAUGCAGUACCUGAUGGAGAAGAACAAGUCUCACACACUGCAAAAACAUCACAUCAGCUCAACUACUACUUCUACUACAACCACCACUGUCGCACAACCAGCCAACAACAACCCUCACAAAACAACAUUUUCAGCUCACAACCCCAAAAUUGCUUCUCAAUGGUCAACAACACACCACAAGACGUAGAAGGACAUAGACUUUUCCAGUUCAUAGUACAUCAGACUAUUGACUUUGAAUGUUAGAAUAUUUUAAAUAUGCAGCUAUUAUAACAUUUAUGUAACUUUAAUGAAUAUCUUUAUAUAUUUAUAAAUUAUUACAUCUAAUUUACUUCCACAGUGAAUUUGAUGAUUGUGAUUGUGUGUUAACUUGCUGGCUAUUUGCCAGUAUGCUAAACAAUGUAUAAUGUUUCUUAAUAAAAUAAUUGUUUUAAAUGG